AUGACGCCUAAUCCACAACCUUGUAUAAUUUGUGGCGGUUCCGUGACAAGAUUAUGGUCAUUUCAAAGUCAUGUGGGAGAUCACUACCUAAGAAUAUAUGAUACAAAUAAUGCGAAUAAUUCCAACAUCACCGAUGAAAUGGGGGUUGAUUUUGGUGGCCUAGUGGAUGGUACAAAUACCAGUGUUGAUACAUUGGUUCAAUUCAAGGAUGUUUCUAGCGGAUUUCCAGACUUUGAAACAAGGAUGAUAUUAGUUUUGUAUCACAACAACGUGAAGUAUCAUCUUAAAGCUCGUGACGUCGAUGAAGAGUUGAUUGCAGUGACUGAAGACGUGGCAGCUAAUCUUACGGACAAAAGUGAUGUUUUUGCACCUGUGAAACUGAGCUUUGAGCAUCAUCUCUUCUAUGUAUUCGAGUCAGUCUUGUACCGUGACCAUUAUCUAGCAUCGACUGGAGAAGCUAAAACAAAACUUGUCAAUGUUCACAGUGAACCAUUCAGAGAUUCCGAGACGUUGAUUAAGAUCAUCGAUCCAGGUCAAGCGAUUGCAGGUGCUGCUUUUGGAGAAAAUUCCAAUUCGGGAAGAAGAAAGCGUGCCCUGGUUAGACGAAGAUCUAUGAGGAAAGAGAUUGUUGAGUUAUUCCCCGGUAGAGCAUACGGCAAGAAAAAAGUAGCUCCACCACGAGUUACGACGGAAGGAUCUAGGGGAGUGCAUGCUCAGAGCUAG